AUGUCUGAAACACCUUCGUCUAUGGAAACUGAUCAACAAGCAACACACGAUCAGGAAAAUCCUGCAACUCAACCAGUAGAGGCAGCAGCCGCUUCAUCGACAUCAUCGCCUUCGUCGUCCCCACCACCACCACCAUCAUCAACGCUAACACCACCGCCUCCACCACCACCACCACCAUCACACCCACAACCAUUUGUAAGACCACCACCUUCUCAAUCAUUCGAUCCAGCUGCUGUUUUUUUCGAAGCCUACGAUUGUGCUAAAUUAAAUAAUAAUUGGAAUAAGGUAUCUAGUUCAUUAAUGAUACAUCCCGAGUGGUUAUCAAGAAUUCCAGAAGGACGGCGGUGGACAAUGUUACAUCAAAUCGUUUUUUCUGGUAAUGUCAUGCAUUUAAAUGAAGUUCUUGCAUUACAAGCAUCGAAUCCUCAAUUUCGUCUUCUUUGUAAAACAUUGGAUAAUAAAACAGUUCGUGAAGUAGCUGCUGAACGUGCACAUAUACAUCCUCAGAUGAUGCGUCGUAUUGAAAGAUUAGUUGCUGUUGAUCAAUUAUUGAACAAUGCGAAAGAUCGUAAAUGGGAACUAGUAAAACAAUGUAUUUCAUUACAACCAGAUAUUGUCAAUGAAAAACCACCAUAUCGUCGAUUUUAUUUAGCACAUCAUCUUGCUUUUGUCGGAGAACUUGAUAUAUUUAAAGAUUUAAGUACAAUUUGUCAUUUUAAACUUGAUUUAGUUGCUGAUAAUAAAACAAUUAGUCAAGUUGCUCGUGAACAUAAUCGUAUAGCGUUUGCUGAAUAUAUUGAAAGUCUUACUGUAGAAUCCGAUGAAACGACUGCUAGUAAUACUCAUGAGGCAUCAGGAACACAUUCAUCAGGAGCGCAUUCAACAGGGACACAUCAUUAUAGUCCAGCUUUUUAUGAUGAAGCUUGUAUAUCAUUUAUUCCAGCAAAUAUCAAUGUAGCUAAUUUAUUUUUACCAACGAAUGAUACAUUAUCAUAUCCUGGUGGUCAUCAUUCAUUGAAUACGAAUCAUGUUGAAAAUAUUGAUAAUGGUUAUGCAACACAUAGUCUUUAUCAUGGUCCACAUACAACGUUACCAACAACAAUGAUACAUGGAAGUACUUUUGAAGAAGAUGAAGAAGUUACUGCUACAAAACCUGUGCAACCAAAACCAUCUGUACCAGAAAUGACCGAUGACGAACAAAAAGAUUACGAAAAAACAGUCAUAAGUAAUGUUCAAAAAAUGUCUCAACAAAAUUUACUUAAUUCAAUUACUUGUUGUAUUACAAAGGAGAUUCUUCGUGAUCCAGUUGUGGCUGCUGAUGGUUUUACAUAUGAACGAGCAGCAAUUUUAAGUUGGUUUGAAACUUCAAAUCGUAGUCCAAUGACAAAUCAAGAACUCGAUAAUCUUGAAUUAAAACCAAAUUUUGCUAUUAAAUCAAUUCUACAAUUGCUUCAAGGAGGAAAUACUUCAGAUGAAACUGCUAAAAAAAGUUGA